AUGUAAUCUUAUAAUUCUCAAACACUUCGUUCAUCUGGAUAUGCAACUUCUUUAGGUCUUACAGAUUUAGAAGGCGCUAAAGCAGUAGCUAGAAGGCUUUUCGAUAAUUAUGACAAAGGAAGAAAAGGAAGAUUAGAUAAUGUUGAUUGUGUUCCUAUGAUUGUAGAAGCUUAUAAAUCAUUUAAUUAAUAUUUCUCACCUUCAAGUGAUGAUAUAAAGUCAUAUCAUAGAGUUUUAGACAGAAACGGAGAUGGAAUUGUUACUUAUUAAGAUAUUGAAGAUCUUUGUAUUAGAUAUUUAUGCGGACAAUAAUAAUAGGGAUAAGUUAAAUAAAAUAUUUAAAUAGAAAAAGUUAAAAGAGCUAAUAAACCUUAAUAUACUUAAGAAGUUGAGAGUAAAUUAGAUAUUGCUAGAAGAUUGUUUAAAAAAUAUGAUAGUGAUGGAAGUGGAUAUUUAAAUGAUAAUGAAAUUGUUGGACUUUUGAGAGAUACUUAUGCAGAAAUGGGAAUGAAAAAUUAUGCACCAAGUGGGGAAGACGUAAGAAUUUGGAUGUAAAUGGGAGAUACAAACUAAGAUGGAACCGUAUCUUUGGAAGAAUAUGAAGAACUUGUAAUUAAAUCUUUAAGAAAUUGUGGUAUUAAAGUUGAAUAAUAAAGAAUUGUAUUUUGAUUAAUAAGAAAAAGGAAACUAUUUAUUCAUAUUUUUUAUUAUUUUUUUGUUUUGCUU